UUUCGCUUCAUUUGUACUGGUAGAGUGGACAUCGCUGAGAAGCUGCGAACCAGUCAGGUGUUUUGAGAAGAUUUGUUCUGUAAUAGAGUUUUAAUUUAAAAUGAUUCGAUACGGAAAUUCUGUGGUUAUUCUGCUGUUUUUUAAUUAUUGUCAGGAGCUAGUUAAAGGAGAAUCACCCCUGAAUGUUUCAAAUUUCAGCCCUUCGCCACAAACCAGUCUGCAGUUGUCGCCAUUGCCUGUGGAGGUCGGGAUGGAAAAACCAAUUCUGCUGGUUUCCAAAGUGGUUGCGUUUAAAUUUAUGCCGCUGAAUUUAUCGGCUGAAGCGGCACCGCUAAUGUCGUCUUCUGACCAACCAUCCGCGGCCCGGUCUCUGCUGGUUCCCCAUGUCAUGUCUACCGACGUCACCAAGAACAACUUCCUACCCAUCUGCGACCCGAACGCCCUGGUAUCCCACUUGAUUUGCCGUGAAGCCGGCUUCGAAACCUUCCGCGAGCUGAAGGAAGUCGAUGUGUCCUUGUCCGUUGUUUCGGAUUACGUUACGCUGACCUGCAAAUCCACCGCCACCAGUAUCAACGAAUGCAUCCUCAGCUCCAUCCAGUCCUGCUCCCGCUUAUCCCAUAUUAUUUGCGGAUCGUGCGGGGGUACUGUCCAUCUGCAGGAAGAUAAGCCGCUGGUCGUCAUGUCGCCGGGAUUUCCCAGCCGAAUUCUGCCGGUUGUGGCGUGUCAAUGGACAUUCCUUUCUCCCACUCCUGAGUAUCCCGUCACGGUGCAGUUUGAUGAUUUUGAACUCCUGGAGGACUGCAAGACCAGUGGCGUUAUGGUUGGGUCGUUACUGCGUUCGGGGCAGCUGCUCAUAAGCGGGAAACGAUUCUGCGGGUCAGAGAAGCCGGAAGACUUCGAGUCGGAUUCGCCUGUGGCUGUUUUGAACUAUUAUUCGUGGUACGGAUACAAGGCACCGCAGAAUGUGUUUAUGCGAGGAUUUCGUGCUGUUGUUCGCACAAAAGUGGUACGAGAUGAUGUUCACUUGGGUGUGGCUCUGGGAUUCACGGCAGCUGCUCUUGUUGUGCUGGCAAUUAUUGGGGCCAUCUAUCAUAAAAGGAUCACGAAAUUCAAACGUCGCAACGAAUAUGCUGCCAAAGCUUGGACCCGAAACACGUUGGCUGGAGCUACCUCGCCUGAUCAUGUCUACCAGAGUAUGCCGGUUGGACAUGGAAACCCCCAUGCUCCGCUCAAUUAUAACAGACAGCCAUUGAGGACCAUUUAUAUAGCUGGUGGUCCCGCUGGCCCAGAAUUACCACCUAGGUCGCCGUCAUUGCAGGCCGCUCACGAUAUUAAGUAUCAAACGGCGGGAUCCGGAAACGAGGAAGUUGAAUCGGAAUACGUUACUCCUAACCGGUCACUUUUGGACGCUGCAAAGAAACCAGUGGAAUCCACCUUGCAGUUUCUGAAAAGCGUUCUGAAAACCCGAGCAGUUCAACCGGUGAGCGAUGGUUUCCUGGCCCGAAAUACUACAAUUCGACGGCGCGAUCGCGCAAGUUCUUUUCCACUCCUUGGCGAUGCUACUUCUGAUAUGGGAAAUGAAUACAGUGACGAUUCAACGUACGUUUCGGUUAUGAGCACUGAUACGAAGAAGCAUCUGGGUUCUGCUCCCAAGACGCCCUCCACUCUGGAUAAAUUCACCGGUGACAAAAGCACGCUGCGGAAGAGUGGAUCAGUGCCCGAAAUCAACCUGGAGGAUUGCAAUGAUAAAGGAUGCACUUUCGUCAAAAAGCUGUGAUUCCGUCAUCGGUGAAAAUUGAAAAAUGACUGUAUCCAUAUGCCAUAUGCGUGCAUAAUAUUAUUAAUGAGUGGUCUUUCGACGCGCUUUUCGGUAUUUUGGAGUUAGCUCAAACUGUGAACGGCUGAAUUUGGGUAAAUUUAAAACUUGCUGCUAGAUUUUCCAUAGAAUAUGUUUUCAUGAUUUUUAAAUAGUUCGUGUUCCACGUUUAAACUACUUCUUCAUUUUUGUGGUUUGAUACCUUGUGAGUUUGUUUGCAUUUAUAUACCUCGAGGUGCACGGUAAUUUUUGUGACCGGUUUGUGAGUUGGGUGAUGAAAUUUAAGCUUGAUAAUACCGUAUGGAUGCAUUUUAAUUAUUAAAUUAAAUCUU